AUGUCGUUCUCCAACCUGGUCUCAGAUAUCGCAUUCCGCGAUUCCAACGCAGAUGAGCGUGGUUCCACGAUCUCCCACGCUCAAUCCCGCGCCGCUCGUUCCUACGCGAGUACCACUGCGACCAGUGUUAGCAUCUCUGGCGAUAUUUCCAGUCAACUUCAUGCUGGAUACAGCCACCCGUUGACACGAUCAUGGCAAGCAGAGAGACAAUUAACCAAGGAAAUGCUUAUCUACCCCCUCUUCAUCACCGACAACCCGGAUGAACAAACCCCCAUCCCCUCGCUCCCUAAUCAAUACCGUUUCGGUAUCAACCGUCUCGUCCCUUUUCUCUCCCCCCUCAUCCGAAAGGGUCUCCGCUCCUCCCCCUUGCACCCAACCGCAAAAGACGCCCUCGGCACAGCAGCAGAUGACCCCGCCGGUCCUGUCAUCUCCGCAAUUCGUCUGCUUCGCGCUCGUUUCCCAAACCUGUACAUUAACACCGAUGUCUGUCUCUGUGAAUACACUUCCCACGGUCACUGCGGUAUCCUCCGCGAAGACGGAAGUCUGGAUAACGCCCAAUCCGUCGACCGCAUCUCCGACGUUGCGCUCGCAUACGCAGUUGCAGGUGCGCACUGUGUCGCGCCCUCUGAUAUGAACGAUGGUCGUGUCCGCGCUAUCAAACUCAAGCUCAUUGAAGCCGGUCUUGCGCAUCGCGUUCUGCUCAUGUCAUAUAGUGCUAAGUUCAGUGGUUGUCUUUACGGUCCUUUCCGUGAUGCCGCGGGCUCUUGUCCUUCUUUUGGUGAUAGAAAAUGUUACCAACUCCCCCCUGGUGGUCGGGGUCUCGCGAGACGCGCUAUUCAGAGAGAUAUGAAUGAAGGUGCUGAUAUCAUUAUGGUUAAACCUGCUAGUCAGUAUCUCGAUAUUAUUCGUGAUGCUAAGGACCUUGCGCAGGAUAUGCCUGUUGCGGCGUAUCAGGUUAGUGGAGAGUUUGCGAUGAUUCAUGCUGGUGCAAAGGCUGGUGUCUUUGAUUUGAAGGCUAUGGCUUUUGAGAGUACUGAAGGUAUUCUCAGAGCUGGAGCUGGAAUUGUGGUUACUUACUUUACUCCGGAGUUUCUGGAUUGGUUGUAA